AUGAAGUUCAACUUGUUCAGGCCACAGGCCGUGGCGGCCGCUGAGCCCACCGGUGUCACCACCGUAACCAUGGCUCCCACUCCGGCUGUCAUCUCCACCUCGGUGCCAGACACCUCUGGCUCCAACAACACAGAGAUCAGCAAGAACGACAUGUUUGAGGAGAUCAAGAGCAAAUUUUUGAAUGAAAUUGAUAAAAUCCCGUUGCCGCCUUGGGCUUUGAUCGCCAUCGCUGUGGUGGCCGCGUUGCUCAUCCUCACCUGCUGCUUCUGCAUAAUCAAAAAAUGCUGCUGCAAGAAGAAGAAGAACAAGAAAGGGAAGAAGGGCAAGGAUGGCUUCAACAUGAAGAACAUGCAGGGCGAGAUACACCAGGAUGACGAGGAUGAUGAUGAGGGAGAGACCGGACUGACGGAGGAGGAGAAAGAGGAAGAGGAGAAAGAAGAAGAGAAACUGGGGAAGCUGCAAUAUUCUAUAGAUUAUGACUUUGAAAAUGCAAAGCUCACAGUUGGCAUCCUUCAAGCUGCAGAUCUCAUAUCCAUGGACUCAGGUGGAACCUCCGAUCCUUACGUGAAAGUCCAGCUUCUGCCUGAGAAGAAGAAGAAGUAUGACACCAAAGUCCACAAGAAAACACUGAACCCUGUCUUCAAUGAGACAUUUGUAUUCAAGGUGCCCUACGAGGAGCUCGGUGGGAAGACUCUGUCGAUGUCUGUUUAUGACUACGAUCGAUUUUCCAAACAUGACGUCAUUGGAGAGGUGAAGAUUCCCAUGAACACCAUCGACCUCGGAAGGCCGAUUGAGGAGUGGAAGGAUCUGGAAAGCGCAGAUCAAGAAGAGCCUGAGAAACUCGGAGACAUCUGCAUCUCCCUCCGUUACGUCCCCACCGCCGGGAAACUCACCGUCUGCAUCCUGGAGGCAAAGAACCUGAAGAAGAUGGACGCCUGUGGAUUAUCUGAUCCAUAUGUGAAGAUCCAGCUGCUGCAGGGGGGUAAGCGUCUGAAGAAAAAGAAGACUACAGUGAAGAAGAACACCCUCAACCCAUACUAUAAUGAAUCCUUCAGCUUUGAAAUCCCCCUUGAACAGAUGCAGAAAAUCUUGGUGGCGGUCACGGUGUUUGAUUAUGACAAGAUCGGUAAGAAUGACGCCAUCGGAAAGAUCUUCGUGGGCAGUAAGGCGAGUGGCCUAGGUCUGAAGCACUGGUCCGACAUGCUGGCUAAUCCCCGCCGCCCCAUUGCCCAGUGGCAUCCAUUGCAGCCAGAGGAGGAUAUCGAUGGUCAGCUAGCAUCAUUGAACGCAAAGAAGUAACGUGCUCCCCAACCAGCUAAUGUACUAACUCAGAGUUCCAACCCCCACCCCUACUUUGCAUGAAACCCAUGACUUAACACAUGACGACUCGUCAUGAAACCUGCUCAGCAAAAAAGAGACAUCUUAGAAUAUCCGCUCAUUCAUGGUUAAGUCGGAAAAAAAAAACUCUUUUUAAGCAUCACAUUUCACACAUUAGUGUAUGCUGAGAAGAGUGGCGUUGAGUUAUCGGGUGACUGGUUCAUGAACGAUCGACUGUUGGUCCUUCUUUCAUUUGAAGAAACUUAGAAACUGAUUCUUAGGGUGCUGACACUGAACGAAAGUCUUGGUGAAGACAAUGCUGGAAAUAAAGCUUUAGUUUAGUUUAUAGAGCAUGCUUUACUUACCUCCCCACUGCUCUGCAUACACCACGCCCAGUAUUGUAUCUUGCUAAUAAGUGUGCUUUAACUUGCAAUAGAAAGUAUUGUAGUAUUGGGUUAUUUCCUGCAUAGUCUGUUUUAGUCUAUUAAUGCAAAAAUAUUUAAUUGAGAAUGAAUGAGGUCAAGAUCACUGAAUGCAGAGAUCCAUGUUGCAAUAUAUUUUUAAGAUAAAUCUGCAUGAAUGAUUGUCUUCAUUUUAUCAGCUCACAUUUGAGAGGGAUAUACAAACAGUAGCCUACAUAACACAGUACGGAGCAGCUGUCUGAUCUGAGUUGCUUUUUUUGCGUUGCCAUGAAGGCGCGUCUAUGCAUUUAGGUCCAACGCACAUCUCUGUGUGUUCAGACAGAUCUAAUGUAGGACAGGAAUACAAGGGUGCCUUUCCUGAUAUGACACUUUGAGAAAUAAAGUUAGCUUCAUUCUUUUAUUUCAAUAGGAAACUUUUGAAAAUCAUUCAGAUGUAGUCUGGGACACUGUGAAUGUGCCAUCUGGAAUCUGUCUUGAGCUGGGUUGACCACUUGGAUGUAAAACCUUACUUAUCAGAUGACAAAGUAAGGAUAUGAAAAGGCUUAUCAAUGAU